GAAGUCGUCCCUGUCCGCUCCUCCUCCUCCUCCUCCUCGUCCUCCCAUACACGGGGUCCCUCCAUUAACUGGACGUAUCUGGGCUAAAUAAUCAACACAACCUGCCCCGGUAAACUAAACAACCCCCCCCCACCCCCCCAAAAAGCGUGUUUUUCCCCCGCCGUGCUCGGUUUCCCGGCUGAACCCGACAUGGAGACGCAUGACGGCAACUCGCACAAGAAGCAGAAGCUCACCAACGCCGCCGCCAGCUGGGGAAUGCAACGUGCAACAAAUGUAACUUAUCAAGCUCAUCAUGUAAGCCGAAACAAGCGUGGGCAGGUUGUGGGCACAAGAGGAGGAUUCAGGGGAUGCACUGUCUGGCUGUCAGGUUUGUCCGGUGCAGGGAAGACCACAGUGAGCAUGGCCCUGGAGGAGUACCUCGUCUGUCACGGUAUCCCCUGCUACACCCUGGAUGGGGACAACAUCCGUCAAGGUCUGAACAAAAACCUGGGUUUCAGUCCAGAGGACCGUGAAGAGAACAUUAGACGUAUUGCUGAGGUCGCCAGGCUUUUUGCUGACGCAGGACUGGUCUGCAUCGCCAGUUUUAUUUCUCCCUAUAGCAGGGAUCGCCUAAAUGCCAGGAAGAUCCACGAGGCGGCAGGUCUACCGUUUUUUGAGGUGUUUGUGGACGCCCCGCUGGAUGUAUGUGAACAGAGGGAUGUGAAGGGGCUCUACAAGAGAGCCAGAGCAGGGGAGAUAAGGGGUUUUACUGGCAUCGACGCUGAGUAUGAGAAGCCAGAAGCUCCAGAGCUGGUGCUGAAGACCGACUCCUGCAACGUGAACGAGUGCAUACAGCAGCUUAUUGACCUGCUUCAGGAACGGGACAUAGUUCCCGUUGAUGCUUCAUAUGAAGUAAAGGAGCUGUACGUUCAGGAGAAUAAAUUGGACCUGGCUAAGGCUGAUGCAGAGACUCUUCCUGCUGUGCAGAUUGGGAAGGUGGACAUGCAGUGGGUGCAGGUGCUGGCUGAAGGCUGGGCCACUCCCCUGAACGGCUUCAUGAGAGAGAGAGAGUUUCUGCAGUGUCUUCAUUUUGACUGUCUGCUGGAUGGUGGUGUCAUCAAUCUUUCGGUGCCUGUGGUGUUGCCAGUGUCCACUGCAGAUAAAGAGCGCUUGGAUGGUGUUACAGCUGUGGCGCUGGUCUAUGAGGGCAAGAGAGUGGCCAUCCUUCGUAACCCAGAGUUUUAUGAGCACAGAAAAGAAGAGCGCUGUGCUCGUCAGUGGGGCACCACCUGCAAAGACCAUCCGUACAUCAAGAUGGUGAUGGAGAGUGGGGAUUGGCUGGUUGGUGGAGACCUGCAGGUUCUGGACAGGAUCUGUUGGAAUGACGGGCUGGACCAUUACCGACUAACACCCAAUGAGCUCAAACAGAAGUUUAAAGAAAUGAAUGCAGACGCUGUGUUCGCCUUCCAGCUCCGUAACCCUGUCCACAAUGGCCAUGCUCUUCUGAUGCAGGACACCCACAAACGCCUCAUCGAGCGAGGCUACCGCCGGCCUGUUCUGCUGCUCCACCCUCUGGGAGGUUGGACCAAAGACGACGACGUGCCGCUUCCGUGGAGAAUGAAGCAACAUGCUGCUGUGCUGGAAGAAGGCGUACUAGACCCAGCCUCCACUAUUGUUGCCAUUUUCCCCUCACCUAUGAUGUAUGCUGGGCCAACUGAGGUACAGUGGCAUUGCAGGGCACGUAUGGUGGCUGGGGCCAAUUUCUAUAUCGUUGGCCGAGACCCCGCAGGCAUGCCUCACCCUGACACAGGAAAAGACCUGUACGAGCCCACUCAUGGAGCCAAGGUCCUCACCAUGGCCCCAGGCCUCAUCACCCUCGAGAUCGUACCCUUCAAGGUUGCUGCUUACAACAAGACCAAAAGAGCAAUGGACUUUUAUGACCCUAAAAACCAUCAAGAUUACGAUUUUAUCUCAGGCACUCGGAUGCGCAAGAUGGCUCGCGAGGGAGAGAACCCCCCUGACGGCUUCAUGGCUCUGAAGGCCUGGGCUGUGUUGAAAGAAUACUAUAAGUCACUGGAAAAAGCCUAAAGGUGGAGUCACAGAUGGGGGGGAAAAGAAAAGAGAUGAGGGCACAGUGGUUUCUGCUGAUGUCCAGCAUCACGAUGUUGGGGACCACGCACCUCUAUCAAAAACCUCACUCCGGCUUCUUUCUGUGUCACUUUUAUGCCAAACUGUCCGUUAUGAGACUGGUCCCAGUUGCUUUUAGUCUUUUCACACUUGUGUUUUAGCAUUAUGUAUUUCAUUUAACUAAACCUAUACUGAAAUAUUUUAGGAGAAAUCAGAAUACCUAAUACUUUGUAUUUAUAAAAGUAGAUGUUUGUGUUUCUCACUGACUUUAAAACUACAUAUUCUGAUGACUGGGUGGGAAAAAGUAUGGUGUAAAAAUCUAAAGACCAAGAAGGCUCAUGCUCAUGAUGUGCGUGGCAAGUACUGUUGACCGGUACUUGAAUAUUCAGGAAUGGAUGUUGAGUAUUUGUGAUGUCCAAAUUUAAGAAGUUACUGCUCUUACUAGAGUUUACAAUGCCCGAACAAACUUUUUUUUUUUUUUGUACCGAAUAUGUGCAAGUGGUGGUGAAAGUUACCAAAUGUUUGGUGUGCACAAGUAUUUAAAGUAAAAGUUGAGUGCCUUGGUCUUCAGAGUCAAUUCACAUCUUGUCUGAAUUAGAACACACACUUGUUGUAUUGUUACACUGAAAUGGGUCAGUAGUAAAAAAACAAACGGUUGAGAUGCAAUCAUAACUUUACAUAAACUUAAUGAUAAAAACUUUCUUUUUUUAUUAUUACUUGGUCUAUUUAUUCUGUCCUAACAUUGCCACAUCUCUCGUUUUAACCAUGUUUUGCAUGUAAUUGUUGUGCUUUAACAUCUUUGUAUGUUGUUCUUCAUCGUUUUUUUUUGUUUUUUUUUCCUCCCUCGGGAAUCUAAUAUUUUCCAUGUGUUGUUUGUGUUUUUCAAGUUGGGCUCCAUAAUCAGAUAGUUGGGGGCUACCAAGGGAUCAGAUUUUUAAUCAUCCUUGUCCAAUAAACCAUUUUUAGCUAAAAACAAUUUUCCUUUUCCUUUUUCCAAGUCCUUGUUUUUAUGUAUCAAGACAUAAUAAAGAAUCCUC